AUGCUGAACGCGUUUUCAGAAGCUUUGAUCGCCCGAGCUCGCUACUUAGUCGUCAUUGCCAGUGACUCUGGCUUUCAGAUGGUGUCUAUCAAGCUGUUAGCCACCUCCAUGGCACAUGCCUACGCCUCUUGGAGUGUUUGUCUCGAGGCCAUGUCACAGACGACUUUCAUCUAUUCGUCACCACCCUUUCGGCUAACUGGCCUGGACGAUAUACAGCCUUUCGCGGAAGGAGUUUUGGGUAAAGGGUACUCUCUGAUGCGGACAAUCGCCAUCCGAACUGAAUUCAGCACACUGUCGAAACGCGGAUCAUAUUCUCCUCGAAUCGAAGCACCCGCCUUCUGGCCGCUCGAAGAGUUGUCGUCUUCAAAAACCUAUGUAUAUCUGUACAUUGACCUGUCGCUGACGGACUUCCGUUGCAUUGCUGGAGACGGUUCUGGAGGUUCAACCUUCGAAUUGACCGGACAUUAUUACAUUCGCCUGUCCUUUUCGUUUCCUGACAGGCUGUACUUCUUUCAUUGGAGGACAUUCAACAUGUGCAAACCCAUGUUAUGGCUCGUAAUAGCAGCCCUCGUGGGCCUAGGAUCUUCGGUAUGUCCGAUGAUGGAUGGGAAUAGCGACACAGCUGCGCUCCGCGCAAGGCAGGCCCAGGCUCCACCCCCCGGUGGAAACGCGGAAUUCAUGGACCAGUUCUCGGUAAACGACACGGGGGCUUUCUUGACGUCAGAUGCUGGUGGGCCUAUUGAGGACCAGGCGAGCUUGAGGGCUGGUGCUCGGGGGCCCACGGUCCUAGAGGACUUCAUCCUCCGGCAGAAGAUUAUGCACUUUGAUCAUGAGAGAGUCCCCGAGCGAGCUGUCCACGCUCGUGGUGCUGGCGCAUUCGGCACGUUUACAUCUAAUGGAGACUGGAGCAAUAUCACUUCGGCAUCAUUUCUUAGUGGGCAGGGGAAACAGACUUCGACUUUUGUGCGCUUCUCUACAGUAGCUGGCUCAAGAGGCAGUGCGGAUCUCGCUAGAGAUGUACACGGAUUUGCUACACGAUUCUACACAGAUGAAGGCAACUUCGAUAUCGUUGGCAAUAAUGUCCCAGUCUUCUUCAUUCAGGACGCUAUUCAGUUCCCGGAUCUCGUACAUUCGGUGAAGCCUAGUCCAGAUAACGAAAUACCUCAAGCGGCCACUGCCCACGACUCUGCUUGGGACUUCUUUAGUUCUCAGCCCUCGACCCUUCACACACUCCUCUGGGCCAUGUCUGGCUUUGGUAUUGUCCGCUCUUACCGUCACAUGGACGGCUUUGGAGUCCAUACCUUCCGAAUGGUCACUGAUGACGGCACAUCCAGACUCAUCAAGUGGCACUGGAAGUCAAAGCAGGGCAAGGCAAGCUUCCUUUGGGAGGAGGCCCAAGUCUUGAAUGGGAAGAAUGCGGAUUUCCAUCGCCUCGACCUCUGGAAUGCAAUCGCAUCCGGUAACGGUCCUGAAUGGGACCUCGCCGUGCAAGUAGUGGAUGAAAGCCAGGCUGAGGCAUUUGGAUUUGACAUGCUUGACCCUACAAAGAUCCUUCCGGAAGAAUUAGCCCCUCUACAGGUACUGGGCACGAUGAAGCUGGACGUAAAUCCAACAAACUACUUCGCCGAAGUGGAGCAAGUGAUGUUCCAGCCUGGGCACAUUGUUCGGGGUAUUGACUUUACCGAGGACCCUCUGCUUCAAGGUCGCAUUUUCUCAUACCUCGAUACUCAACUUAACCGUCAUGGUAAUGCUAAUUUUGAGCAACUGCCAAUCAACAGACCUCGGACACGAGUCAACAACAACAAUCGAGAUGGCGCCGGUCAGAAUCUCAUUCACGAGAACAUUUUCCACUACACUCCAAGUGCGCUGGGCGGAGGAGUUCCCAUGCAGGCUAACGCAACCCAAGGUAGGGGCUUCUUCACGGCUCCUCAGCGGCAAAUCGGCGGCAACCUGGUGCGCGCCUUGUCUCCGAGUUUCAACGAUCACUGGAGCCAACCUCGCUUGUUCCUCAACUCUCUCACGCCUCCAGAGCAGCAAAUCCUGGUCAAUGCAAUACGGUUCGAGACGAGCAAUGUCAAGUCUCCAAUCGUGCGCCAGAAUAUUGUCACGCAGCUCAACCGGAUCUCAAACGAUCUUGCUGGACGAGUCGCCACCGCCUUGGCCAUCCAAGCCCCAGCACCAGAUCCGACGUUCUACCAUGAUAACAAGACGACCGGGCUGAACAUUUUUGGUGUUCCGCUUCCUACAAUCGCAACACUUACCGUGGGCAUAUUGACGAGCACAAGCAACCCAAUCUCAAUGCAACAGGCAACAGCCCUACAACAGCGUCUAUCUCAGAACGGAGUCGUAUCCACCAUCGUGGGCGAGUCUCUCAUCCAAGGCAUAGGAGCAACAUACUCACAGUCCGACGCCUCGGGCUUCGACGGCAUCAUCGUAGCCGAGGGCGCAGAAGGGCUGUUCCAGCCGUUUCUGCAGAAUACGCUCUUCCCCCUUGGCCGGCCCGGCCAAAUUCUCAUCGAUAGCUACCGGUGGGGCAAGCCCGUCGGCGCGGUCGGCUCAGGCUCCGCGGCCCUGGCCAUGGCGGGCAUCCCGUCCACAUCUGGCGUCUUCACCAAUGUCACCGGCGUGGAGACGAUGGCGACGCAGUUUGAGGACGGUCUCCGGACCUUCAAAUUUCUGGACCGCUUCCCGCUCGACUCCUCUACCGCGCAGGCGAACAAUGACCCGUCUGGAAGCUCGGUGCCUAAGGAUGCUGCCGCUGAGGGUACGCUCGCUCAGGCUGUGACUGCGAGCGGGUCCCGGCCUGUCGACGGCUCAGCUGCCGUGCUUGUCAGCUUAAUGGUGUCCUUGUCUACUUGGGUGUCCCUUGGUCGGUGA